CUAAUGACCCUAUAUAUUUAUGGUCUUUCCCCUUUCCUCCAUCUCCUAAUUGUUGAUCAAAACCAGAUUUAGAGAGCAGCCAUGAGUAGAGGUGGAAGCUUUGGUGGCGGCCAGAGUUCCUUGGGCUACCUCUUUGGCUCUGAUGAGCAAAAAACUGCACCUCCAGCCUCCCCAGCUGUUUGCAUACCGCCUUAUGGAAUUGAUACCAUGCCCGAUAAGCCACAGGAGAGUCCACAACCGAAGAAACAAACCAUCUCGAACAAUUAUCAUCGAUCAGAAGGCCAGAAUUCGGGGAAUUUCAUAACUGAUCGUCCAUCGACUAAAGUUAAAUCUGUUCCCGGUGGAGAUUCUUCUCUUGGCUACUUGUUUGGAGAUAAGUGAUCAUGCUUCCUUCUCCAAUGAUAUUCUCUUUCGCCCAAAAGUUUAUUUAACCAUAGCUGUUGUGUGUGUGCUGUAUUCCAAGAAUAAGGAUCAGUGUUUCCAUUAGAAUCUUGAACUUUUGAGGUUUGCCUUGGUAUGUUCACUAGUGGUGUUUGAUUAGUGAGUUGCAAGGUUUGUUUCCUCCUAUAUUAAUGAUGCGUGUUCCUCGUACUAUCGUGAUCGAUGUCAUUGGGAAGCCAUUGAUGUGUCUCGAGAGUAGGAAGAUUAGGGUUUAUGUGAUGUGUGUGGGUUGUUCACUCUCUGUAUGCUGCUUUACAUAAAAUAAGAAAGUAGCCCUAGUGUGUGAUUUUUCAAGUAGUGUCUAUUCAAUGGUUGGGGUCUGUUUUGUUUAUUAUAUUCCAAAUCUGGAAAGGAUGAAUAAACUAAUGCUUAACUUGUUAAUUUAAUUCUGC